AUGUAUCACAAUGAAGAUAGAAAAGAUGCAGUAGAACAAGAAAUGAAAUAUUUACACGAUUUACAAUUAGUUCAAAUAAUUAUUAGUGAAAUAUUUCGUCGAAAAUCCAUUGGACUUGUUUCGAAAAAUGAAGAAAAAUCUGAGCGAAUCGAAUUAAAUAAUUUACUUCAUCAAUUGACUGAAAUACCUGAAUGUGCAGAAAAAACUGUAAUGGAAUUAUUAGAAUAUUUUUAUCGAAAAUUAUUAAAUGAUAAUACAAAUGAAACGAUGUUCAAUUCGAUUCGUUCAAAAUUAACUAAAGUACAAAAUCAACUUCAAGAUGAAGAUUUAUCUUCAGAACAAAUAAAAAUAAAACUACAAGAGAUAAAUCGAACAAUUGAUAAUCAAGAUUGUUCAGUUAUUCUUUACAACUUAAACAAAAUCUUAAAACUAAUUCGACCGUUAAAUCUACAAGAAAUACAACGAUAUAUUAAAAGAUCCGAACAAACAGCCGAUUUAAUUCAUGACAAAGAUAUUGUUCUCUUAAUCGGCAUUACAGGUAGUGGAAAAUCAACAACUGUUCAGUUUCUUACUGGUACUAAAAUGAAAGAAACACGAGUAGAAAUUUGUUCUAGAAAGUUUUUAAAACAUAUAACUACAGAUGGACCUAUAAAUAAUCCUGGAUUGAUCGAUGUCAAAAGUAGUCCAUUCAGUAAAUCUGAAACUCGUUUUAUAAUUCCAGUUACAAUUUCAUUAAAAGAUAUUUUUGGUUCUUAUGAAACGAAUGAAAUUAUUUUAUGUGAUGCACCUGGUUUUGGUGAUACAAAAAGUCCAGAAAUUGAUAUUUCAAAUUGUAUAGGAGUUAUCAGAGCUUUGAAAUCUUGUAAAAGUGUUAGCAUUUUAGCUUUAUCAAGUUAUCAAAGUUUAGGAGAUCGAGGAGAAGGUAUUCAACAAUUAAUUCAUAUUUUAAUCAAUAUGAUUCAUGGAAUUGAAAAUCGAUUAAAUUCAAUUUUAUAUGGAUUUACAAAAUAUCCAUCAGAAAUAGAUAUUCAUGCAGUUUUAUUUGAUAUCAAAGCUUCAAGAAUCGAUUCAGAUCCUUUAUUAAGAUCAAAUACUGCACUUAUCUCAAUAUUAAAUGAUAUGAUUGAAAAAACACGAAUUGAUCCAAUAAGAAUUGAUCCUAUUCAUGGAGAUAUCAAAAAUAUUAUUGAAAAAUUAAAAAAUCUUCGAGGAAUUCAUUAUCCUGAUGAAGUUUUUCAAUUUUCUAUUAAUCAACAAACACAAAUAAUCAUCUCCAAUCAAAUUAAUCGAUACAAAUCUUCUAUUAUUUAUGCAUUAAAGCAUAAAAAUGCUUUACUUUCAUAUUAUUAUUCAAAUCAAUUCAAAAUUUUCUCUGAUAUCAUCGGACAGCAGUCCACUGAAGAUCAAUAUAAAGAUUCAUUACGAUUAAUUAAUGAAAAUAUUAAAGAAUAUUCUCAUAAAAUAAUUGAAGAACUGGAUUAUUUUUUAAAAAAUCAUCAUCAGUUGAAAAAUGAAGAUAUCCAAGAAUAUGAAACAGCAUAUAAAUAUAUUAAAGAAAUUCAGGAAUAUUUUCAAUCGGAUAAUUUAUUUAUUGAAAAUUUUCGUAUUCGAUUAGAAAAUCUUAAUUCUACACGUGAUUUAUUUCAUCCUUCAAUUGGCAUUUAUUUAGAAAAUCUUCAUCUUAUUCAAAACUAUUUCCAAGAAUUUCGGGAUUUUUAUAUAAAAUACUGUGAAGAGUUAUACGAAAAAUUUGAAUACAACUUUGGACAAUCAUUUGAAGAGAUGGUUUUAAAUAAAGAGUUUCAACAAAUAAAUGAGAUUCUUGAUAAAAUAUUCCAAUUAAUUCCAAUAUUAAAUGAUCAUCUAAAUAAGAAAAUUGAAAAAAAAUAUUUUGAAAUUAUUCAAAUUAUUCUUAAACAUUUAGAAAAAAUAUCUAUUGAAUCGAAAUCUAUUUUAUUAAGACCAAAUUUAACUGAGAACGAUAUUAAAUCAAUUGAAAAUGAGUUCGUUUUAUUAAAAUUAGCAAAAGAAACAAAAUUAUUUGAAAAACAUAUAAAAAAUUUCAAUGAAAUUUAUAAUGAAUUAAUUGAAAAUUUGAUAAAAUAUGUUGAUGAAACUGCUCUAAGAAUAGAAGAAUUUUUAAAUCAAAAUUCCUAUUAUUAUUUUGAUUCAAUUGAACAGUUAAUUUAUCAAUUUGAAUUAAUUCGUACAUUACCUGAUAUGGAAUUAAAAACUAAUCGAAAUUUUUAUCGAACUAUCGAAUUAAUUCAUUUUUCAAUUAAAAAAUUACGAAACGAUAUUCAAUAA